CCAUGGCAGGUAUUUGAAGCAGCAGCGGAGGAGAAGAAGAGUUCGAUCAUGGCUUCGGUGAGGCGCAUCAAGCUUGGAUCCCAAGGCCUCGAGGUCUCCGCCCAAGGCCUCGGCUGCAUGGGCAUGUCCUCCUUCUAUGGCCCUCCCAAGGCCGACGAAGACAUGAUCCCUCUCAUCCGCCACGCCAUCUCCUCCGGCAUCACCUUCCUCGACUCCUCCGACAUCUAUGGCCCCUUCACCAACGAGAUCCUCCUUUCCAAGGCUCUGAGUGAGGGUGUGAGGGAUAAGGUGGAACUCGCCACUAAAUUUGGGAUUAGCUUUGCUGAUGGGAAGCGAGAGAUUCGUGGAGAUCCUGCUUAUGUGAGGGCUGCGUGCGAGGCUAGCUUGAAGAGGCUUGAGGUUGAUUGCAUUGAUCUCUAUUAUCAGCAUCGUGUUGAUACCCGGGUCCCCAUUGAAGUAACUAUGGGAGAGCUUAAGAAACUUUAUGAGGAAGGGAAGAUAAAGUACAUUGGUUUGUCUGAGGUUUGUGCCUCAACAAUUCGGAGAGCCCAUGCAGUUCACCCAAUUACUGCUGUUCAGCUGGAAUGGUCUCUGUGGACUAGGGAUGCUGAAGAAGAGAUUAUUCCUACUUGUCGAGAACUUGGUAUUGGAAUUGUUGCAUACAGCCCUUUGGGGAGGGGUUUCUUUUCUUCAGGUCCAAAGAUUGUCGAUGGUUUGAAUGAGCGAGACUUUCGCAGGAUGUUACCAAGAUUUCAACCUGAAAACCUGACCAAAAAUGGGAUCAUCUUCGAGCGUGUCAACGAGAUGGCAACUAAGAAGGGUUGCACUCCAUCACAACUCGCAUUGGCCUGGGUUCACCACCAGGGGAACGACGUGUGCCCCAUUCCCGGCACCACUAAAAUUGAGAACCUAAACCAGAACAUCGGCGCACUCUCUGUCAAGCUCACACCUGAAGAAAUGUCUGAACUUGAAUCAUUUGCUUCCACUGAUGCUGUCGGGGGUGAAAGAUAUGGACAAGCAUUAGGGACAUGGAGAGACUCCGAAACUCCACCAUUGUCUUCGUGGAAAUCUGAAUGAUCUCUCUCAUCUACUUUCUAUGUGUCUCCAUGUAUCUUGAAUUCAAUAAAACAAACCAUUGUUGUACUACUGUUUCUUCAAUUAAUCAAACUUAAUUAUUAAUUCCCGUA